AUGCGAACCCCCGACGACGCCCGACCCUCAGACUUUACCCUGCGGACCGCGACAGCGCCCGUCACCCAUCUGCCGCCGCUUCUCGGCGCCGACCGAGUCCGCGGCCUUGCCGUCCAGGGUCAGGGCCGCCGCUGGAGUCGGCCUGCGCGGCGUCCAGAGGAGAGGGCCCCCGACACAAAGCUCCCCACCGCGCUCCCGCGCUCGGGGCCGGAAUCCGCCCGGGAGGCGCGCGCAGGCCGCGCCUCCACCAGCCGCCGCCGGGACCGGCAGUGCCGCAGCGGCGCGCCCCCCGCCCUGGCCCGCGCGGCCACGCGGCUGAUCCCCGGCCGGAAUGAGUCCGGAGGAGUGGUGUCCCGGGCCCGGAAAGUGUCCGGGUCGUCGGGGAAUCGUAGUUCCCGGAACUGGAAGGGAACGGACAGCCGGAAACUGGAUCCGCCAAGCCCGGGCUUCCGGGUGCCGUGUUCUCCGCGACAAGAGAGCUGGGUCGGCGACCUGGCGGGGCUGGGCCUCCUGUCUGACCAGGGUUACCGGGUGGACGGUCGUCGCGCUGCAGAGCUGCGCAAGAUCCAGGCGCGCAGGGGCGUGUUCGCGCAGACCGACGGCUCUGCCUACGUAGAGCAACCUCACACCCAGGCGCCGGCAGUGGCCUACUGGCGGCUCGAGGCGAGCGGGCCGCGCGGGAUUGGCGGGGUCGCGGGCGCGCCUCCCGUUUACGCAGCGAAUGCUCGAUGCCAACUAUCGGAUGAGUAAAUGUCCAAGUUAUUAAGGUGCAUCCUUGGGUAUGCCCUGUCUCUCUCCUGCGCCCUGCACUCCGCAGUCGGGCUCCUCAUCGUGUCAGGCUGUCGCCCACUCGGCCACUUCCCGGCAAUUCUAUUCACGUCACGUUUGGGAACGUCAUUUCUACUUAAUCUUACUCGUUUGUCUUUCCUAUAAACUCUCUGAGAGCCUCGACUUUAAAUAAAAUUGUCUGAUUUUAUUGCUGUGUUCUAUGCUGCAAAAGUGCCUCCCCAAUGCAGAAAUAAUUUUUAAUUGCUUAGCACAUAAUGUGGGAGCCCAACUUCUUAGGUGAAAGAAGCCAGGAUGAAGGCAAUGGAUAGAAACAAACGUGACAUUUCUGCAAAGCCAAAAGAAUGCUGGUGGAUGGAGAGGGGAUAAUUCC